GAAACCGGCGUCUUCCGGUCGCGCAGUGGUGGGCGGAGCUAAGAUGGCCGAGGAGAGACCGGAGACGAGAACUCAGUUUCCUGCAUCUGUUGAAUCUCAAAAACCUCGACUGAAAAAAGCUCCAGAGUUCCCUGUUUUGGAGAAGCAUAACUGGCUGAUCCAUCUGCACUACAUCCGGAAGGAUUAUGAAGCUUGUAAGGCUGUUAUCAAAGAACAGCUUAAGGAGACUCAGGGGUUGUGUGAAUAUGCCAUCUAUGUGCAAGCAUUGAUAUUUCGCCUGGAAGGACAUAUCCAGGAAUCUCUAGAACUCUUUCAGACUUGUGCCGUUCUCAGUCCUCAGUGUGCUGACACCCUCAAGCAGGUGGCCAGAUCAUUAUUUCUUUUGGGAAAACAUAAAGCUGCUGUAGAAGUAUAUAAUGAAGCAGCCAAGCUUAAUCAGAGAGAUUGGGAGAUUUGCCAUAACCUAGGGGUUUGCUACAUUUACCUGAAGCAGUUCAACAAGGCACAAGACCAGUUGCACAAUGCUCUACAGCUCAGUAAGCAUGAUCUGACGUUCAUAAUGCUGGGGAAGAUUCACCUGCUGGAGGGAGACUUGGACAAGGCCAUCGAAAUCUACAAGAAAGCAGUGGAGUUCUCACCAGAAAACACAGAACUUCUUACAACUCUAGGAUUACUCUACUUACAGCUUGGCAUUUACCAGAAGGCAUUUGAACACCUUGGAAAUGCACUGACUUAUGACCCUACCAACUACAAGGCCAUCUUGGCAGCUGGCAGCAUGAUGCAGACCCACGGGGACUUUGAUGUUGCCCUGACCAAAUACAGAGUCGUGGCUUGUGCCGUGCCGGAGAGUCCCCCACUCUGGAAUAACAUUGGGAUGUGUUUCUUUGGCAAGAAGAAAUACGUGGCAGCUAUCAGCUGUCUGAAACGAGCCAACUACUUGGCACCCUUCGACUGGAAGAUUCUAUACAAUUUGGGGCUCGUCCACUUGACCAUGCAGCAGUAUGCAUCAGCUUUCCAUUUUCUUAGUGCAGCCAUCAACUUCCAGCCAAAGAUGGGAGAGCUCUACAUGCUCUUGGCUGUGGCUCUGACCAAUCUGGAAGAUGUAGAGAAUGCCAAGAGAGCCUACGCAGAAGCAGUCCGCCUAGAUAAGUGGAACCCUUUAGUGAACCUGAACUUCGCUGUACUGCUGUACAACCAGGGAGAGAAGAGGAACGCCCUGGCCCAGUACCAGGAGAUGGAGAAGAAAGCCACCCUGCUGAAGCACAGCAGCUCUCUGGAAUUUGAUUCGGAGAUGGUGGAGAUGGCCCAGAAGUUGGGAGCAGCUCUCCAGGUUGGGGAGGCACUGGUUUGGACUAAACCAGUUAAAGAUCCCAAAUCAAAGCACCGGAGCACAGCAGCCCUCAAACCAGCCAGUGUCCAGCAGCCUCUGGGCUCUAAUCAAGCUCUCGGACAGGCAAUGUCUUCAGCAGCUGCCUACAGGAAGCUUCCGGCAGGUGGUGGAGGCACUUCCCAGCUCACAAAGCCACCGUCUCUCCCUCUGGAGCCAGAGCCCGCCGUGGCAGCCAAUCCAGCUGAUGCUCCAAUUAGGAAGCAGAAAAAAGAUAAG